AUGGUGGAUUUGAUCAAUCAAAUUGACUUUAAAAGUGAGAUUGGGAAUUAAAAUUAAAGUGUACUCUUACCUUAAAAUAUUUAAGCAAUUAAAGUACUGAUAACAUAAUCAGAAAUAAUUGUAAAUCAUGAUUUAAUUGAUAGUUAGAACCUAAUAGUAAAUCUCUUUCAAUAGAUACACGUUUAAUUAUAAAUCGAAAAGAUUUUAGAAUUUCAGUAGAAGAUCUGAAGAGUCGUAAACUCUAAGAAUCAUCUUAACUUUAUUCAGCAUUUUUAGGUUUCAUUAAUAUAAAAUCAGUGAUAUUUUUAUUAAUGGUUGAUCGUUGUAGUCAUCAUUAAUUACAUCCUUUAUACAAAGAUUUCUUUCAUAUUCAUUCUACUAAAUUUAUAGCAUUAGAUAAUAGAGCUGCUUCAGUUGCUGAAAUAUAAGAUGCUGUAUCAAACUUAAAGAAUUUACUUUCUAAAGGGUUUUAUUUUACUUAUGAGAAAUGUGAUGAUAUAGAUAGAGAAGAAUUCAUGUGGAAUAGAGGAUUAUGUAAAUAAUUAUAUACUUAAUAAAUAAAGAAUUGGGAUGUUCUUAUGAUUUAAGGAUUUAUGGAUAGUUUUUCAGUAUAUUUAGAAGGUAAAAGAGUAUAAGUUGCUUUAAUUGCUAAAAGAUCUUUAAAAGCUCCUGGAACUAGAUUGGCUUAAACUGGUGUACAAAAAGAUGGAAGUGUAGCUAAUUUUGUUGAAACUACUUAAAUAGUUGUUGUUGCUAAUUUAAAAUGUUAAUUUAAAUAAAUUAGAGGUAGUGUACCAGUAUUUUGGAGAGAAUCUGGAAAUCUAUUAAUGAAAAAAUUAGAAUUAUAUGGAACUGAAUAAGAUAAUCAUAUUGGAUUUACUAAUCAUUUUAAUAAAUUAGUAUAAAAAUAUGAGAGAGUUUUAGCUGUCAAUUUAAUGAAUAAAAAUAAAUAAACUGAACAUGAUUUAAUUUAAGCCUAUGAAUUAGGAAUUCGUUAAUAUUAACCAGAUAGAUUAAAAUAUUUAUAUUAUAAUUUUGAUGAAAUUACUUAAGGUGUUGAUUUUCAUAUUAUAAAUUAAGACAUUAUGAAGAUAAGUAAUUUUAUUAAGAAUAUGUAAUUUGAUUCUUAUGAUUUAAUAUCUAAUUAAAGAAAAUUGAAAUAAAGAGGAAUAGUUAGAACAAAUUGUUUGGCUUGUCUAGAUAGAACUAAUGUCUAUUAGUAAAGAAUUGGAUUAUUGAUGUUAGAAUAUUAAUUGAAAUGUAUGGGAUUAGAUUUAGAAAGAAUAUUAGGUUAAAAGGUUUUAGAAAUUAAUGAAAAUAAUACUAAAUUUUUGAAUCCAAUAAUUGUUUUAUUUAAAUAAAUGUGGGGUGAUCAUGGAGAUUAUAUAAGUUAUCAUUAUACUGGAACAGGAUCACUACAUACAAAUCAAGAAAGAGGUUAAUAAUCAUUUCUAGCUAUCUUGGGUAGUGGAAUGGUACCUUUGAGUAGAUUUUAUAGAAAUAAUUUUAGUGAACAUUUGAGAUAAGAAAGUAUUCUAACAUUGUUAGGAAACUCAACUUAAGAAAAAAUAUAUAUUGAUAAUGAUUAAUCUUAUUUAUCAUUCUCUAAAAUAGAUGCAAAUGAUCUUACAAAAAUGGGAUAUGCAAAUUUAUAUUAUACCAGUUAUAAAUUAAGUGAAGAUCAAUCCAAAUAUACUAUUUAUGCAGUUAAUGAAGAUUAACAUGUAUAAAUUUAAUGUUUUAAAGAAAAUGAUAAAAAAUAUGAAGAUACUCUGAAACAACUUCAUGAUUUAGAUAAUAAAUUUAGAUCAGGGAUCAAAAUAAAGAAUAUUGAUAAUAGAUAAUGUUUAUUAGUUGAAUUAGGAACUUUAAAUUUAUUUUAAUUAGCUUAAAAUGAAUUACAUGUUUUUUCUGAAUAUUAAUUACUUUAUAUUUUACUUGAAAUGGCACAAUAAAUAAAAAUAUUUUAACAAUAAGGUCUUUAUUUAAAUGGAAUAACAGCAAAGAGUGUUUGGUUUUAGUAUAUGAAUUAGAAUCAACAUAAAAUAUAUUUUGAUACUGUAACUUAUAUUCCAACAAGUUUUAAUUAAUAUCCCACUACCAUAAAACCAGAUUAUAUGGAUCCAAUAAUAAUAUAAAAAAUAGAUUAAUAAGAAUAAGCAUUAGAAAGAUAAGAAAAUAUUUAUAAUACAAAUGAUUUGAUCACUUAACAUAUUAACAAUUUUACAAUUUAGUAGGUUUAAUAAGCCUAAAUUUGGAUUUUGGCUAGAAUAAUCUAUGUAAUUCUCUAUUAUCCUUAACCUUGUCAAACUAAUAAUAUUGAUAUUAUGCUUCCAAAUUUAAAUUAGAUGAUUGAAAAAUAAAAGUUUACAGGUUUGGUUUAGUUGCUUAAGAGAAUGUUAAGAUAGGACAUUUAAUCCCCAAUUUUAGAUAUUGAUUAACUUAUUUAAGAAGCUAAAAGAAUUAAAGAGUCUUUAGGAAAUCAACCUCCUCUUGUUAUUCCUGAUAAACCUUUUUAAUAAACAUAAUUUUAAGAAAAAUAACUAAGAUAAAUAGUUGAUUUAUGUAAACAUUUUAGAUGUUAUGAAUAAGGAUUGUAAAUUAUAUUUUAAUUAUAAAAAUUAUUGUAAGAUGCUUAAUUAGAAGAUAAAGUAUAAUUAGUAGCUAAUCAUUUAUUUUUUUUAAUUUAUUUAGGUAAAAUCGAAGAAGCAUUUGAAACUAUGCUUGAAUUUUAAGAAUUAUUAGAUUAAUGUAGUGAAACAGAAAUCCCAAAUAUAAAAUAAAUAAUUAUUGAUACGAAUGUUUUGUUUAUGAGACUGUUUUAAGAAGUAAAAUAUAAAUCUAUAAAUAGUUUUAAUAAUUAAACUUUUCAAAUUCAUAAUUAAAAGAUAUUUUACUUGAAGAUCCCCCUCAAAAUAUGGUUCAUCCUAUAAAAUCAUUUUUAUAUUUGAUAUGGAGUGAAAUGUCUAUUGAAGAAGAUCAUUAAUUAAAUUAUGCAUUAAAAUCUUUUGAAUUUUAUCGUAGCUCUAAAGUGUAGCAUGAAUAUCUAAAGAUUUUAAUUCACAUUUAAAUUAUUAAGGGAUAUAUAAAGAAAUAAUAAGAAUAGAAAGCUUAAGAACACAUUUAGAAUGCUUUAAAUAUCAUAAUAGGAGAUUCUUUGGAGAAAUGUAAAUUAUUAAUAGAAUUGGCAAAAAUAGAAUUAGAAUAGCAAGAUUAGAAAUAAGCUAUUGAAUUGUAAAUAAUUUUUAUUUAAAUAGAUAUGAAAAAGCUAUAAAAUGUGGAAUUAAGAUAUACAAAAAUGAUAAACAUCCUGUUAUAAUGAAUUGGUAAUAAACAUUGACUUAAAUAAAAUAGUGA